AUGGAAAAGGAAGUGGGUGCUGAAUUAGAAGGAGCCACAUUCGGAAAAGUUAUCUUUCUUGUUGUCUCUAAGCUUCCAGAUUUCAAAAAGCUUCAAGGUGAAAUUGCUAGGAAUUUGGAUUUGAAAUUAGAGAAUGGAAUGGAAGAAGUACCCCAUGACAAAAUAUUAACCAAAAUCAAAGCAUUAAAAGAAAAACUUCUUAUAGCACUAGAUGAUGUGUGGAUGGAGUUUGAUCCCACAAAAGCAUUGGGGAUUCCUCCUCCCCACCUGUACAAGGGUUGUACUAUAUUGACAACCACCCAGAUUAAAGAGAUUUGUACAGAAAUGGAUUGCCAAAGAAAAAGUUUGGCACGAAAUAUUGUGAAGCGUUGCCUUGGACUACCAGCUGUAAUUGUCGUUGUAGCAAGAUCAUUAAAAGGUCGACCUUCUAUGGUUUGGAAGGAAGCCUUGAGGAAUUUGCAAAGCGGUGAGCCAAUAUUUAACGUUCGUGACAAUGAUUUAAAAGGGGUCUAUGAAGGUUUGAAGUUGAGCUAUGAUAAUUUGAAAAAUGAAAAGGCCAAAAAGAUCCUGUUGAUAUCUUCCCUAUUCCCCGAAGAUUUUGAGAUUCCUAUGGAGUUUUUAAUCAGAAUUGGUGUAGGAAUGGACCUUUCUAGGGAAGUUGAUAACUAUAGUAAAAGAAGAAGAAAAGUACUUGAUACUAUAGGGGAACUCCUAGAUUCUGCUUUAUUGUUGAAUGCGGAGAGAGAAUGCGUAAAGAUGCAUGAUUUGGUUCACGAAGUAGCCUUAUUGAUAGGAGAAAAGGAUGUUCAAUCUGUCAUUGAAUCUAAUCAGCCUAAAAAGGGCUUGCAAUAUUUAUUUUGGAAAAGCAAUUCAUUUCCAAGACACUUUGAUGGUAGAAACCUUGAGGUUUUACUUUGGGUUCUAGAUAACUCAGAGGAUUUGGAAGUCCCUAAUACAUUGUUUACAAAGAUGAAAAAGCUUAGAGGACUAAGCAAUAUAUUAUUUGACAGCCACUAUAACCUUUGUAAUCUCAAGACCUUGAAAUUGGACGAGUGUCCAAACCUAACUUCAAUUUUCCUCCCAUCCACUGCUCAAAGUCUUUUGCAAUUGGAGGAGUUGAAAAUUGAGAGAUGUGAUGCAUUGGAACGCAUUGUGACAAGUGAAGAGGCUGAUGUUGCUGUUUCUACAAGGAGAUUGCUUGACGAAGGAAUCCCACAGGGAUUACUUGCAUCUAAGAAAUGGAUUGAUACUGCUUCUACCCUUGUGAGACAACUAGCACUCCAUGUUCGUCAUAUCAGGAAGAUGACACUUGCAUGUCUCUCUUCAAAUUUAGUAUCAACUUUGUUCACUUUAUCCAUGGCAUCAGUGAUAUCAUGGGAAGAAUUGACAAUUAUGGGUUAUGAUUAUAAAGAUGAAAUCAAUUGCAGUUCCAUUUUCCGAAAGUUACAGAAACUGGACAUCUCAUGGUGCGAGGACUUGGAAUUUUUAUUUCUGUCUACAAUAUCUAUAGAAAUUAAGAAUUUAAAGUCCUUGACUAUUGGUGAUGCUCCUCAACUAACAUAUGUCAUUGAGAAAUACCAGCAUCAGCAUUGUUUAUCCAAUCAAAAUAAGAAUGACGAGUGGCACUUUGAUCUCCCUGCUUUAGAGGCCCUCUGUUUUGGAGAUGAAUUAGAUGCAUCUGUAGAAGGAGUUCCUCCUUUUCUUGUAGCUCAAAGCCUUUUGGUGCAGUCCCUGAAGAAUGUUAGAGAAAUAGAACUUAAGAAAUCGCUAAAGAAUCUGGAAAUCGAGGACUGCAAGGAGUUGGAAUUUGUAUUUCAAUCAUCAAUACCUGGUAGUCUUCAAAAAUUGAAGUCUUUGACUAUUAGGGAAGUUCCUGAACUAAAAUAUGUUGUUGGGAACUACCAGCAAGAUCAGCAAAAUGAUGACCAUCAUUUCGAUCUCCCUGCUUUGGAAAACCUCACAAUCAUAGGUGCACUAGAGAUCAACAGCUUUUGUGCCAAGAAUUAUAAGAUGGAUCUGUCAUCUCUUCAGAAUGUUGUGAUGAUGAAUUGCAGCGUUAAAUCUUUUGAUGAUUAUGACAUGGUGAAUUUGACAACUACAGAGGUACACUCUCUUUAA